AUGCCGAACAUCCAGCUGGUGCGCAUUGCGAGCGAACGUGACUACGACCACGGCCACGAUCAGUACCACGAACACCGACUCUUCUCCGACUUCGAGCUGUUGUUGACGCCGCCGCCCUUCAACUCUCUCGAAAGCCUGCACCUGCCCACCACCGUCAGCCCUCCUGGCACCGAUACCAUGAGCGAGGUGCCACUGCAGGCAGAGGCACAUGACCCAGUGCCAGUUGAGUUGACACCGGACGAGGCCAACCGGAUCAUCCAUUCGCACCGCAAGGUUCGCUACGGCACGGCGUGCUGGCCUUGCAGACAGCGCAAAGUGAAAUGUGACAACCAACAGCCAUGUGAGAACUGCGUAAAGAGAGACCAUGCCGGCCUGUGCUCGUACAAUCCGAAGCAGAAUCCCUCGAAAGCGUCGCCGGCAUCUGUCGCCGGAGUCAAGAGACCGAGGUCGCCCGGCAGCGAGGGCUCGAAGAAAGAUGAAGACCGUUGGCCGCGGACAACGGACGAGGAGGAUCCCAACGAAUCGAGGUAUCUGGGCCAAAACAGCAUCGCUGCCUUCCUGAGUGAGGAGGCCCAUGCUGGAGAGACAACAGCAGAUGGCGAACAAGAUGUCAUUCGAAAGGACAUCAUGCCCAUUUUAGGAUUGCAGAUAUCGUCUGCUCCCUACCCUUUCAUGUCGACGCAACAUAUAGACAAGAUCCGGCAAGAUAUAGGCGCUUCCCUCCCUUCAGAUCGCGACGUACUGAAGAUGUUCAACAUCUUCAAGCAGAUUGUCCAGCCCUUCUGGGGCCUGCUCAUCGACGUCGAGGAUUUCGAGUCGAAACUCUGCAUCUACUUGGAGGACCGCAGUGCCUCGAAACGAAACCCUGCAAACGGUAGCAAGGGCGUGUCAUCGGCGUGGCUCGGGAUGCUCUUUGCUGUGCUCGCCGUCGCUACCAACUAUACUGAGCAUCCCUAUCACAAGAGAGUUGCAACCUCUCAAGCUUUCGGUAAGGCCGAUUCUUCCGUCGAAGGACUGGCUGGAACCAUACAUUUUUUGACACGCGUGGCAGUUCAUUCUUCAUUCCACUGUUUACGACUCGCGAAUUACUUGAUUCGACCGUCGCUUGACUCAUUACAAGCGCUGGUAAUUCUCGGUUUCGUGCUCGCAAACGAUAUGAAAGCCGAAGCAUCAUGGGCACUGCUAGGACUCACAUGUAGGCUCGCCCAAGCACUCGGUCUCCAUCGCGGACCCCACGAAGGAGGACGGGCACUCAUCCCCGCCGCAAGCGAUCUCCCCAGAAGGAAACUCUGGUGGACAAUCCUCUGGCAAGACAGCCUCCUCUCCCUCUCCUUCGACCGCUCCCCCAUCACCAUCAUGACGCGCUGCCAAUCUCCCCUCUCGCCCACCGCCCUGACCGAAGGCUUCUCCUACACGGAAGCUAUGUACACGCUCUGCUACAACAUCCUGCAAUCCGUGAAGAAUGACUCCAUCGCGCACCCGACCUACGACCAGAUCAUUGCCAACAGUAUCGAGGUCGAGAACAUUCGCCAGCAAGUCGUGCCCCGCCUGCGCUCCACCAGCCAGUGCAAAACGCUGCAGGACCGCCUCCAGCACUACGCCAUUAUCCUGCACACCUCCUUCGUCGUCUCCGUCUUCUGCCGACCUGCCCUACGCCGCGGCGAGAGGCCCGGAAUGGACGCCGCCCAGAAGGCCUUGCUGGCCGAGAAGUGCAAGGCCAACCUCGCCGAGACGGUGCGCAUGUACCUGAAGAUGCACUCGCUCUCCGUGAUCCCCACGCGCUCCUGGGCCUUCACUUACCACGGCCUGUCGUCAGCCGUACUCCUCGGCAUCCUCGGCGAGACGAAGACGGACCCGGAGGUGAGGUCGCUGCAGGGGAACUUGAUAUCCGCGCUGAGCGUCACGGCCGCCACGGAGCAGACGAGUCGCGGUCCUGAGGCUGAGUCUGGGUCUGGCUCCGCAGCGAGAAGCGAUAGGGAUAUCGAGCUGAGUGGGCCAUUGAGCAGGGCGCUGGUUGCCCUACAGAAUAUCUACGAUCAUGGGUGGGUGGUUGAGCAGCCGAGCCGGUUGGUGACGCCGGCGGCAGGAGGAGGAGGGAGCAUGGACGACCCGGGCUUGUUCGAACAGCAGAAUGCCGCGAUUGCGAUGGCGAGUAUGCAGAACGGGAUGAUGCCUCCCAUGGACUAUAAUCAGCAGAUGAUGAUGGGUGUAUCAGAUGCGCAGGCGGCGGACCAGACGAUGAACCUGUCGCCUAUGGACUUGUUCGAUUCGAUCUUCUGGGAGUAUCCGGCGACGGGCUUCGACCAGAUGGGCGGGCUCGAUUUUUCGCAGCAGCUGUAUCCGCAGUUCUAG